AUGGAGAAGGAGCCUAGAAGGCUGGCCAUUACUGCAACUCAAAUAGUCUUCUUACUCAUCCUCCCUUUGCUCUUUCUUGAUUUCUUCUGUGGAAAUAUCAUCCCCUUCGAUCAAUGUAAGUCUACCUUUUUACCAUCUUCUACAAGCUUAAUUCUUCAACAUGGUGAACAUAUAUUAGGAAAUGGCAGGGAUUCAAUACUGCGAAACUACCAUGACACAGUUCAAGAAGAGCACAAGUCCAUGAAAUUUCUUCUUUCAAGAGUAGUGACAGGAGCAAUAGUUGGGCUCAAGUUUCAUGGCCAUUUGGCUUUGAAUUUCAGUGAUAGCCCAGGAGGGCAUUCGAUGCAGGAUUUCAAGCAGUUUCUUAAACAAGCAUAUAAUCUCAAGUUCGUGCAUGUAUCUGAAAUCAAUAGGCCAAAUUUAGUCCUGUUAUCUCGCAGAAAAACCUGA